AGACCCACACAUCGCUAUAGUAACUCAGCAAUUUCCAAUAACGCUUGGGUGACUCGCUGCUUGUGAUUCUCUACUCAUGUUUUCUGGAGCUGCUACAGACUGUAUUACGCCAGUGUCAUCUUGGAAUUAUCUGCUCCAACCUUGUGUUUUCGUUAUCAGAGCAGCAUCAGCUAUGUUUGGGGAACAUGGCAUCUCUUGUUAUGGGUUGUGUUAACUAAUGGAUAAGAUGAAUGCUGAAGCAAACUAACUUGUCAACACAAUUAGUAAUCUGCAUCAGCAUCAACGUUCUUGUCUGCGGCUUUAAAAACCUCCAGGGACUCCAAAUGUUGAAUGUAAUAAAAGUGACAAUGGACUUCAAUUCCAGUUUUUCUUUUGCUAAAAUAAAAGUGAUGUGGGACUUAUAAUCCAGACCUUGGAUUCAGGGAUUGUAAAAUUUUCUUUGGGUUAAAUAGCAAAUCAGUCCAAAAUGAAUGGGGCCUACCAGUCUACAGUGUAUGGUGACAAACUGCUGGUGUUGAUGCCACCUCUAGACUGCGUCACACCCCAUACAGAAUGCUACAUGCAGGUUCAUAACACGUCCGCACCGAUGGAAAACUGGAUUGAAAUGUCAAACUAUGUGUGUUACAUCGCCUUUCCCGUGAUUCUCCUCAUUGGAUUAGCAGGGAAUUUCACGAACAUAUUUGUGCUGUUAAAACAAUUUCGGACGUCAAUGGAUACAUAUUUACUUGGAAUGUCAAUUGCAAGUGUUUUUUUAAUCAUUUCGACCAUAGUGUAUAACAUUCAGCACUAUAUUGGAUACAUCGAGAUUCUAGUACCCGCCCAGAAAUAUGCGCUGAUCAGCCGAGACUGGUUCUGGUUUGUGACAGUCUGGUUGCUCAUCCUGAUGAGCCUCGAACGCUCAAUCACAGUCACCUCUCGGAAAUCACAGUCCCUCUGCUCCCCGACCCAGGCAGCCAUAGUUGUUGUCCUUGUCUACUUAAUUGGCUUUAUAAGUGCGCUUCCGCGUUACUGGGAGUACGACGUCAUACAGCAGGGCAGCCUUUACCACGACAAGACUUUCACCUUACUACGGAAGUCCACAAAUACCAAAAUAACAGAAUACAAGGCAAUAUAUUACUGGUACAUCACUUCCAUAACGAUAUUUCUUCCAACGCCUCUGCUAUUAUCCAUGUUAUUCCCGCUGUGUUACGGCACUCGACAGACUGUCAUCUCAAGAAACUAUUUAUUCAUCAAGCACAACGCCAGUACAGCGCUCAUUCUGAACAGAAGACUCAAGGAAGAAAUAGCACUCACAAAACUUGCCAUCGUGAUGGUGUUUUUAUACCUUCUUCUAGUCACACCGUUCCUUUUUUUCGACCUACUCUCACAUUUUGCUCCAGGACUUACUCAGACUGGGACGCCAUUUUUCGUGGCCCUCUACAACAUGUUCACGCUGUGUUUUCAUUCAUACUACAUGUGGCACCAGCAGAUCUACUUCUGCUGUAACAAGAUCUACAGGCUGCAGUUUCUAUCAUCAUGCUGCUGUUGUUGUUAAAUAUCUUGUAAAUACAUCAUGGCAUCUUGAUAUUUGAUAUUUUAGGCUUGUGUAAUAAAAGAGCCUUGCAGUAUAUAGUUUAUGAUAUACAUGUUAUAUUACAUGAGUGGUCACUUAAAGCCACUUAGUUAUGUUUUGUCACCCAAAAUAAUUUUACUGGUAAUGCAUAUGAAAACUCUUGUAGUAUUAUUUUACUCUUCGAUACCCAAAUUGUAGAAUAAAAUACAGUUUAACCCUUAGGCUGCUGAUGGCGAUUUUAAAGGCUUUGCAAACAGCUUGGACCCAGACCAGACGCCGAGUAACUCGGCGCCUGGUCAGGUUCCAAGCUGUUUGCCACUCAGUCAAUAUAUCCCCAAAGUUUUAAGUAAAUUGAAAGAAAUUUAGAAUAAACCAGACGACAUUUUUGAGCAGACGACAAUUUACACAGCAUGCAAAGGGUUAAAAAACAACCUGGUUUGAGUGGGCUACAGUCAAGAACAUAUUAGAAAACUGAUACUGCAUCCACUUGCCAUCAGAGACUAAUACUAAACUGGCAGAAAUUUAGCCCAUUAGUGAAAACUUUGCUAGCAUCAUGUGAUAAUGUCAGUCAACCAAUCACGCUACAGCCUUUAGUUGAUUAGUGAUAGUAACGCAUUUGCAAAUCUUGGAUUUUAAAGACAAUAUUUGAGCAUAUGUCAACAUUUGUUAAAAGAUUCGAGCCUUAAGUAUUUUAAUUUUAAUACUCCAAAUGAUUUGCCACAGUUUAUUUUGAGAUAAAAACAACAACAAACGAGUCCCCAUUUUAGUUAAGAAAGUUCAAUGAAAUACAUUUUUAAUGACCAUGAAUGUGAUAUUCUAUUCAUAUCAUAAACACUAAAUUGUUUAUUUAGCAUGCCAAAUACAUUAAACAUCGCUAUAUAGAAUGCACAUUUACAUUGCUUUUUUUUAUGACGUCAUGUCGAAAGUUAUUCCACUUUUUAUUUAUGAAAAAUAUGUAAAUGACAUAAUUAAUGGUGGGAUAUAAAUUAUUUUACAACCUGGCAAAGCAAACUCAAUAAAUGUAUCAGCUAUUUUAAUGUAAGCCAUUUUUUUCUUAACUGGGGCUUUGACGAAAUGUGCAUAUAUUUCAUUAUUCAUUAAACAUGAUAUUUUUAUGAUUGUUAUUAUCUGUUUAGCGAUGCAUACCAAUAUCUUUGUGUUGCUAACGUUCCUUUUAAUUGAAAUUUGUUGGAAGCCAUAAAAAACAUUGCCAUAUUUCUUAUAAAGCACAGAAAAUAUGUUGGGGGAAAAUCUAGAACAUAAAAUAGGAGUUCCGAAUGUUAAAAAACGUUGUCAAAAACAAUUAGGAUUUAUUUGAAAUUUUACAAAGCAUUUUAUGUAUACUUCAUUGUUAUUAGUUUCUUUUCAUUUUCUUAUGCACUAAGGGCAGCUUUUAUGAGCAACAAGGGCAUGUACUCUGAUUACCUAUAUGGACCAUGUCUAAUUUGCUAAACUAAUUAGAACAUGUGUACAUAGAAUCAUUAUGUAUGUUUAUAACUUUUGAAAUAAAUAAUUGUACAAAGUAA